CCACAGCCAUGGCAUUGGCGAGUGCCCGGCCAUGGAAGACCAACCUCCAUGGCCACAAACUCACGGCUCAUGAGUCGCCAAAGACCCACAACCGAGGCCAUAGAGGUUUUGUGGGCCAAAUAAUUGUUUUGUUGGGCUUAGUAUGGCUGAUCCAUGACCCAACAGAGUGUUAGGAAAAGCUUGCAAUAUAUUUGAAAAAGUGGUAGUGGUAUAAUUGUUCGUGUUGUGUUUGUAGCAAAUUGCUUCUCUCCGACCUCCACCGAUCGAAUGCUCUACUCCAAGACCCUCACUCGAACAGCCUUAUGUACCCUCUUGGAGCCAUUACUCAACCAUGUCCGGCCUCACAUCCUAUCCUAUGCACCCAUUUUCCAGUUCUUGACUGGCCACAACCUCUUAAAACUGGGCCAACAAGUGCAUGCCCACAUGGCCCUUCGUGGGGUCGAACCCAAUGCCUUCCUCGCCGCCAAGAUGGUCGCAAUGUAUGCGAGCUCUGGCAAUCUUAACUCGGCUAUGGCUGUAUUUCACAUGAUCAGUAGCCCAACUGCUCUUUUAUAUAAUUCGAUACUUCGGGCUUGUGCUCGGUAUGGGUGUUUCGAGAUAACCAUUGGGAUUUACUUUCGAAUGCACUCUCUGGGAGUUAAGGGUGAUAACUUUACGUUCCCCUUUGUGCUCAAGUCUUGCGCCGAGUUGUCGAGUCGUUGGAUGGGAAAAUGUGUUCAUGGGCAGAGUUUGAGAAUUGGGUUUGAGUUUGAUAUGUAUGUUGGGACUUCUUUGAUUGAUAUGUAUGUGAAAUGUGGUGAAUUCGCAGAUGCCCGCAAGUUGUUUGAUAAAAUGACUGUGAGAGAUAUUUCGUCCUGGAAUGCUUUAAUUGCGGGGUAUAUGAGGGAGGGGGAAAUUUAUGUUGCUGAGGAUUUGUUUAGGACAAUGCCGUGUAGAAAUAUUGUUUCUUGGACUGCUAUGAUAUCAGGGUAUGCUCAGAACGGGUUGGCUGACCAGGCGUUGCGUGUGUUUGAGAUGUUGAAAGAAGAUUCGGAGGUAAAGCCUAAUUGGGUAACAAUAAUGAGUGUGCUUCCUGCGUGUGCAGAUUCAGCUGCUCUUGAGCAAGGGAGACGGAUUCAUGACUUUGCCAAUGGGCUUGGUUUGGGUUCGAAUGCCUCUGUACAGACAGCACUUGUUGGAAUGUAUGCUAAAUGUGGAAGCCUUGCUGAUGCUCGUCAAUGUUUUGAUAGGAUAGGUCAACGUGAAAAGAAUUUGGUUGCUUGGAAUACUAUGAUAACUGCUUACACCUCUCAUGGAUGUGGAAUGGAAUGUGUAUGGACUUUUGAGGAAAUGAUCAGAGCGGGCAUUCAGCCUGAUAACAUCACAUUUAUAGGGUUAUUAUCUGGAUGCAACCAUUCAGGUCUUGUUGAUGUUGGCUUAAAUUACUUCAAUUGUAUGAACACAUUAUACUCUGUUGAGCCAAGAGUUGAACAUUAUGCUUGCAUUGUUGAUCUUCUGGGUCGUGCCGGGCGCUUGGUGGAAGCAAAAGAGCUUAUUGAUAAAAUGCCAAUGCAAGCAGGACCAAGCGUAUGGGGUGCAUUGUUGUUUGCUUGUCAAAGCCACCGCAAUUUGGAAAUUGCAGAAAUUGCUGCUAGAAAGUUGUUUGUCUUGGAACCGGAAAAUAGUGGGAAUUAUGUCCUGCUUUCAAAUAUGUAUGCUGAGGUCGGCAUGUGGAAGGAGGUGGACAAUUUGAGAGCGCUUCUAAAAUGUCGAGGCAUGAAGAAAAGUCCUGGAUGCAGUUGGAUUUAGGUUAAAUGGGAAAGCCCAUUUGUUUAUUGGUAGAGAUACAUCUCACGCUCAAGUAAACGAAAUUUAUUUGUUUUUAGAGGCAUUGCCUAAGAGGAUUUAAGGCGGCUGGUUACAUACCUGAUACUACUUUUGUUUUGCAUGAUGUUAGCCAAGAGGAGAAAGAAUAUAACCUCAUCUGCAGCAAAAAGCUAGCCAUUGCAUUUGGGCUUUUAAAUGCUAGUCCUAGAGUAGUUCUCCGUGUGACCAAAAAACCUUCGAAUUUGUGGGAUUGUCACACAGCCACCAAGUUCAACUAAAAAAUUUAUGGACGGGAGAUAAUUGCGAGAGAUGUAAAUCGAUUCCAUCAACUUAAAGACGGGUCUUGCUCCUGCGGAGAUUAUUGGUAAUUAAAAUAAUAGGAUGCAAGGCAAGUCCUUGUAUUCCCCUGCUUCCUUGGUGAUAUGUUGAAGUGACAUUUUUCAUCAUCCUGCACCAUAUGUUUAUAUAAAUUACAGCUGAAUAAGCAAAUUCAGCUGCUUGAUGGGUAUCUCUGUGCCAAUUCAGUCUAUGAGUAAGACAAAGAUCACACUAUUCUGCAUCCACGGUAGCUAACCAGGUCUUUUCAAUAUGAAACACCUGAAGCAGCAACAUUGAGGACUUCAAUGAGAUGUGAUGCCCAAGUUAAUCUACCAAAUGAGACAGGAGGGUAUGAAGGGUGGAAUUCAUCAUCAGUUUCAUUCUCUUCUGUAGAUAGGUUUGGUAUUUCUUCUGGCCCUAUGGAGAGGGAACCAUACAUCCCUAAGUAUGUUGAAUUUAAUUAUAUUGAAGGUUCUAAUGACUAAAAGUAUAGUAGUGGGAACUUCCCUUGGACAAAGGAGCUGGAGGCCAAUAACAAGAAAGUAUUUGGGAACCACUCAUUUCGCCCCAACCAAAGAUAGGUCAUUAAUGCUACAAUGAGUGGGGUUAUGAUGUUUUUGUUUUAAUACCAACUUGAGGGGUAAAGAGUUACAUAUCAGCUCUCUGCUCUAGUGCUCUUAUUUGUCCAGGUAUAAUGUUUGUAAUUUCUCCCCACGUGUCACUUAUCCAAGAUCAGAUAAUGCAUCUAUCACAGGCAAACAAACCUGCUGCUUACUUAAGUGCCAAUAUGGAGUGGGCAGAACAACAUGAGAUUCUGAGAGAACUAAGUUCUGAUUAUUGUCAGGCUGUUAUAUGUCACACCAGAGAAAGUUGCCAAGUGAGUUUUGUUAUUUGCAUGUUUACUACACCAGAUUCUUCAACAAGAUAGCUAGGAGUGCUUGCAAUGUUUUUGCAAAAGUCAUGCACUAAAUGUGUCAUAUUACUUAAGCUGCAUCAUUUAAUCCCUAUCUUUAUGUUAGAGAAUAAACAUAGAGGUUGAUGCU